ACCAGUUACUUCUCUUCUGUUCAUUUGAUUAAAUAAAACAAUCAAACCAACACACCAAAAAUGGCCGCUAAGUUCAUCAUCCUCGCCGCUUGCGUGGCUACCGCACUCGCCCAAUACUCUGCCCCAGCCUACAAGCCUGCUUACUCAGCGCCCGCUUACUCAGCACCAAAGGCUUACGCCCCGGAACCCACAUACGCCCCGAAACCAUACAGCUUCGAAUACAGCGUAAACGACCCACACACCUACGAUGUACACAGCCAAUCUGAGCACAGCGACGGAUACGGCAACGUCAAAGGAACUUACAGCCUUUUGGAAGCCGACGGUUCCACCCGCGUCGUCGACUACACCGCUGACUCCUACGGUUUCAACGCUGAAGUCAAGAAAAUCGAAGGACACGGAUACAGCGCAUCUGCCCCAGCUUACAAAUCCGCCCCGGCCUACAAGCCCGCUUACUCCGCACCAGCUUACUCUGCACCAGCCUACUCCGCACCAGCUUACUCCGCACCAGCUUACUCCGCACCAGCUUACUCUGCACCAGCUUACGCUGCACCAGCUCACUCUUACGCCGCCCCAGCCUACUCUGCACCAGCUCACUCUUACGCCGCCCCGGCUUACAAACCAGCCCCAUACAAGGCAUACUAAUUUCCAACCAAACCAUUCCGACUGUGUCACAACACCUAUCACUGAGCUGAAUUCCGUAGACGAGAAUCUUGUCUACAGGAAACGGCUUUGAUCCUCUCAUUGCCCGAACAUGUUUAAUUUAUUCAAUUGUUAAAUUAUUUGUCAAAUAAAUAAUAAACUAUUUAUUUGAUUUAUAUUACAAA